AUGUACUGUAAUCAUUGUGUCUUGAAGCGGUGCAUUAAGCCCGUGAUCAUGAACGUCGUAUGCAGGUGUGAACUAUUACUGCAGCAAGCGAGCAUUCAUACCGACAAUGCAACGAACCAAGUCCCAAUCGCCGUCGUGACCAACCCAGUCAGUAACAACGAUACCAGCACCAGCAGUACCGACAGGCAGUCCAGAGGGGCCGCGGCCAGCUUCACCGUGCGUAGUGCAGAGGUACUGAACAAUGGAAGGGUUGACCUUGGCGGCAAUUCGCUCGGGCCAGCAGCUAGCGUUGAAGAAGUUACUAGCACUCAGGAAGUUGACGAAGAAGGGGGGAACGUUCUUGUUGUCCUCGUCGCGGUAGUCAGGCAUACCGGGAAGCAGGAAACGCUUCUCGGCGGCACGCUCAAGGUGGCCGUGGCUGAAGUUGACCUUCUUUUCAAUGUUUUGACUCUCGCUAACCUCAUAGAAGUCCUGGACGCGGAACUGGCCGCCGCCGACCUCACCAUCCUCGCAGUUAUCAGGCCAAGCAGCGGCAUCAAUGCCCCAGCCGCGGCCGUCGUGCUCACCACGGAGAGAGUCAUCAAUGUUGAGACGACGGAUGAGGACAAUACGGCCGCGAGUCUGACCAAGAGUAGGGAUGACGGGCUCGGUGAACCAGCGGUCUUGGCGCCUGUCAACCAUGCCCUUGAGGUAACGGCUGGCAUCCUGGUCGCUGCCCUUGCCGGUACCUUCACGCUUAAUGCUCAUGAGGACUGUCUCGCUUGGGUUUCUGUCCAAAAACUGGUAGACCUCCUCGAGCAUGUCGGAGAAGUACUUGGUGCCGGUCAGCGAGAUGGGGAAUGCGCUGUGGACAAGGGCGAGCUUGUCGUCAUCGGGGUUGGCAGAUACACGGAUAUCCAUGAAUCUAAUACCGUUCUCGAGCUGCUCGGGAACACCAACAGCCUGGCAUCUAACCGAGGGCAGGGCAGUGUAGCAGGUGGGCGAGUUGUGGGUGCCAGGGAUGGAGAGGACAGGCAGGGGCCAGUCAUUGUUGAGCUCACCCAUCCAAGAGUUGAGACGGGCGCUAGAGUAGAUGGCCACGAAGGCGUCCUGGGGAAUAUAGACGACAGUAAGCUCGUGGGGGCCAUCGUCGAGCUUCUUCAUAGUGGCGGAGCGACGAGAAGGGCAGGGAAUAUCGGUCUCGUAGCGGUGGUCCUCGGUCUUGAAGGUCAGGCGGAGGAUCUCCUCGUUGUUAUCUGCGAUGCCAAUCUCAGUGCGCUGCGUGGCAAAGGGAUCAAUGUUAACAUUGACGUCAUCUCUGCUUCUGGAGUCGCCCUUGGCGUGAAAUUCGGUGUUGGCAGUGGAAUUGAUCAAGUUGGUGAGUAG